AUGGAGGUUUCUUCUCGACUUCACAGAUGGCUGGUCGUGUUUGGAGACGUGUUCUUGAGCGCCAUCAGCAUUGACCGAUGUGGUGGGGACUCGCAACCCCCUCCCAUUGACGGUCAGCAAACCCCUCCCAUUGACGGUCAGCAAACCCCUCCCACUGACGGCCAGCAACUCCCUCCCAUUGACUGCCAGCAAACCCCUCCCAUUGACGGUCAGCAAACCCUUCCCACUGACGGUCAGCAAACCCCUCCCAUGGACGGUCAGAAAACCCCUCCCAUGGACGGUCAGCAACCCCCUCCCAUGGACGGCCAGCAAACCCCUCCCAUUGACGGUCAGCAAACCCCUCCCAUUGACGGUCAGCAACCCCCUCCCAUUGACGGCCAGCAAACCCCUCCCAUUGACGGUCAGCAACCCCCUCCCAUGGACGGCCAGCAAACCCCUCCCAUUGACGGUCAGCAACCCCCUCCCAUUGACGGCCAGCAAACCCCUCCCAUUGACGGUCAGCAAACCCCUCCCAUUGACGGUCAGCAACCCCCUCCCAUUGACGGCCAGCAAACCCCUCCCAUUGACGGCCAGCAACCGCCUCCCAGGGACCGUCAGCAAACCCCUCCCAUUGACGGUCAGCAACCGCCUCCCAGGGACCGUCAGCAAUGCCCCUCCCAUUUACAGCAAUCCCCUUCCAUUUGA